AUGGUUUUCUUUACAAUCACUCGUGCUGCCUCUUUCUUAAGUCAAGGUAUUGUACGGAAUCUACUGAAUCGUACUGCCUUGUGUCUCUUUUUCUCGCUUGUGCUAUUUCAGACGUUACUAUGGCUUGAUAUUACCAACCCCAAGAUCUCACGACGUUCAAAACGGAUUUGGAUUACGUUUAUCCUGGCUAAUGGUGUGUUUUACAUUAUUGUCCUGGGGUUCUCUGUCCUGCAUGAAGCUGAAGUCAUUGAAGCUCGGCACACAGCAAAGACAAGACUUGAUCGUGCGACACUGUAUACAAGUGUCCUUCCAGUGCUUUUUAUAGCUGCUGGAAGCUUUAUAAGUUCCUUGGGACUUGUCUAUUCCACAUGGCAAAUGCGUUUUCGUGUUGAACGCGUGCUCAAGCCAUCAGGUGACGGAUUACGACGUCGAUUAGAAGAACGCGUUGAGAAGAAACUUAUACGUGCACUUCGGUUUACGGUGCUUGUCAUGGGCGUUUGUUCGGUGCUGCUAUUAUUCCGGACACUUAUUUACAUUCAACGACCAUUUUCCCAUCAAGGCUGUGGAAAUAUUCACAAUGCAGACGUGUGUAUCGUGUUAGGCUACGCCAUUCCGGAGAUUGUGCCAUGUGCACUCUUUUUGGUGCUUAUGUGGGAAGUAGAACCGACACUUGAAAUUCCAUCGAGACGAAGCUUGAGCUUUAACAACGGGAGAGUGACGUCCGAGACGACGCCAUUGCUGGAACAGGAAGUGAUGCUGCAACCACUACUGGUAGCAGCCAAGAAUUUGGUCAAUAAAGCUGGUAGUGUAACGAUGGUUCAAGGUGUAGUGCCGCCAAACUCGCCACUAGGUGGGUAUUUGACGGUCGGGAGACGACCGAGUCCGCUGUCACUGGGUCUUGGGAAUGGCGUACUGGAUCGUGCUAGACGGCAGUUGGAGUUUGUGGUACGACAUCAUUUGGGUGGCGGAAACAAAGAACAACAACUAAUCGACAAGAACGAUGUGACAAGCAGCGCGUUUGGCUCACCCGCCGAGUAUGAGGGACAUACAAAACAGCUAGCUAUCUACGACGAUAACUUUAGACGACCGAUUUCACCUACACCCUGCGCGUGGUUAUCGUUUCAGUGCUUUAAUUUGACGUUGCCAUCAAAGUCGUCGGUGAAGGCCUCAUCGUUUGUUGUGUUGCAUUUGAUGAAUGCUGAGACAGGCGCGGUGCUAGCUGAGAUUGGUCGAACCGAAAUCUCGCAUUCGGAAGACCCGUGUUUUCACAUGAUGCUGGCCGUAGAAAUGCGCCAGCAAGAUCUGCUUCGCGCCUCAGUGUACUCGGUCCGAAAUCCGAACUCGCUAGAAGACUUGAACAGCCAGUGGCUUGUUGGCGACCCGCUUGUGCCAGUAUCGUCAUUUAUGACGGAUGCAGUACCCGCUAUUGGACGUGCAUCUAUUUUCCCGUUGUACUCUCCCCUGUCUCGGACGCGAUCUUCAGGUGAGAUUGUUGUUCGCUGCGAAGCAGAGGUGAAAGGGUUACAAACAGGGAUGUCUGACGAUGGGCUUGAGCGCAUUACUCGGUCAUUUAUGUAUAUCGGGGUUGAAGACACCGAUACUGAGGAUGCUUUGCCUCACAAUGACUCGGCAUAUUCCGAGGUAGCUCAGCAGAUGAUCAAUCUUGCGUCUACGUCUCGACGCGGUCAAGGCAAAAUGCUGGUGGAAGAAGAGUUGAUUGAAAGUGUGUAUACGUGGGAGGUACCAUAUCAACUUCUUCAGUUGAUACUUUCGGAUUUGUUGGUGAAACUUGAUUCAUUGAAGCGCGAGGUUGCGCUUGUGGACGGCGAUGACAGCUGUACGUCGACUCCAUUAAGCCAGCUUUCGACUCCUGGUGUUGAUGGCUAUUCGUUGCCGACAGUGAUCCCUUCUUCUCCAAGAUUGCUUAGUGUUGUGGAAGAAAACGAAACCGAUCACACAUCUGAGAUGCGGGAGUCUCUUCAAUCGGACGCAUCUGGAAUGAGUGUCUCGUUCACCCUUGAGAAUCGAGUUAGACCAGCAAACAGUAUUGGAAUGCUCUCCGAGAUGAUUAUUCAGAUCCAAGAUGAUGUAAUUGAACGGAAAAAGCGGAAGUGGCGUCUGGAGCUUAUGAAAACCGUGGAGCAAUACAUUUCGGAGGUGGAGGACUCAAUUUUACGCUAUGGGGCCACUCAACACGCUGGCCUCACGUUUAAGCCAAGCACGAUGAAAGCAGACGCAGACCUACGCUUUUUGGCUUUAAAUCUUCAUCAACAAUUGAUAACGGUGGGCAAUGCAGCGCCAACAUCAGAAAAGGACGUACAAUUUGGUGACCCAACUAGCGCAGCACGCUAUGCUCGGCUUGUAAACUCAUUUAUUGGGACGCUAGUGUCGUCAUCGCCUUUACACUUAUCGGGAAAGUCGAGCAUGGGUGGGCCACAGGCCGACCUUGAUUCGGUGCAAUUCAUAGAUGAUGAUGAAAAUGACAUAGAAGAUAUCUUACCCUCGUCGCCUGAAGAGCCACCACUUGAACCUGUUGAAGCGCUACGUCGGCGUGUUAUCUCAUUUGAUUCUGCAGAGACUAUUGUCAACAAGGGAGCUUCAGGUCAAUGUGUAGCAGUUCCUUCUGAGCAGCGGAAGCUGGCUGAAACUAUCGUAGCGAUGGGAAUUACUGACGAAGAAAUCCAGAGCAUCUACGGGCUCGACAAAAAUGUUGGCGUAUCUGAUGCAAUGGAUAUUGUAGCUGCUAUAAUGUCAGGCUGCUCAGAUGAUGAAAUGAAGCAUGCAGUACCCAGCAAUGGAUGUUACUCGUCAUCGCAGGGCUCAAUGUGUGGCACAGAGACGCAAAGAGUGUCCAUGACGAUUGAUACGAGUGCUAGUGAACAUGCUCCGUUUUAUAAGCACCGGAUGUACGGCACCACGACGGUAGGGGCCUUUGCAGCGCAUGUAUACGGGUUUAAGAGCGGUGGUGUGCGUCAGAUGCGUGAAGAGCUAGAAAGAUUACAUACGCGUUUGGUGAAAGCAGCGGAGGCAAGUUCAGAUCUCACGAUGGAUGCGUUGGAGCGCAAGUACAACGAGCUGAAAUGGGAUGUUGAUCGUCGACUUGAGGUGGCGUUCUGUCAGGCCAUGAGUGCGCUAGUCACGUGUUUCCAGCAAACACUUUACGUGCACACGCACGACCAUCGUAAUUUUGGGCCUCAUCCGUUGAAGGCCUUCGGCGUCGAUUAUCUCGAAAUGCUAACGAGGGUUGGUUUUUUGUUCUCUGUAGAGAGCUUGCUGUCAACAUACGGGAAUGAAUUGGGAAUGCUAGGUGAUACAGAGGCAGCUGUGAAGGAGCUCAGACGGGUUCGCAUUAAGUUACGACCUGUGAAGUCUCCUCGUGCUGCGGCUUUCCGCGUCUCAAUUACUUCCGGGCCAUCAGGCAUCGUAGUCGAGCUUCCAAUCAUUACACGUCGUGCGAGUAAGUUUCCCGAUCGCAGUAUGCACCGAGUUCCAGGACAGGAUGCAGUAUUUGGGGCCAUUUAUCUGCCGCUGUCAACUCCAGAGCAGAGGACUCGCGCAAAGUUUUUAUUUCAAAAGCCCAUUCAAGUGGUGCCUGUAAUCUUUUCGCAAGGAAUGAAUGAAAUGCAGACAGUUGCAAACACUGUGGGAAAAGACUCACUGCAAAAAGAGAUAAAUGCUGAGAACGUUGUUGAGUUGGAGGCAUAUGUCAAUAGGUUUGCAAAUUGGGUCUCUAAGAAACAGCUUCGCGAUCAAACCUUGACUCCAAUCUACGACGCCGAAGAACUCGAUCGGACCCAGACGUCGUUGACAGCUCUCAAGUCCAACAUUCAACUUUCAGGGCGGUCCAAGCGUAUGGCAAUUUUGAGUUUAUCGUCAUCCAUUGCUCGUUCCGUUGGGGGUGGUCGUGUGACGAUGUGCAAAUCAGCCAAAGAUCGGACAUCCAUGUCGAUUACGCUCGAGGAAGCAAACCUGCUGGCACGCUCCCAUGGUCUUCUUGCUAACGAUGUUGAAGCAUUCACGAACUUGCUUCGGACCUAUGGUGUUCGUCGUGAGAAUGCGCGAAAGAACAUCGGUAAAGCGCAGUAUUGCUUCAGUGCGCUACAGAACUAUAUGCUGCCACAGGACUACCAGUGUCCGCCUGGCACAGGAGGUGGUAGUCGGGCGUAUUCGUAG